UUUUAGGAAUUUUUGAGAUUUGAAAUCGAGGGAAGGAAGAGAGUACGGAGAGGAAGAUGGACUACAGUCUGGGUGCGCUGAAGAUCCUGUGCUCACACCUCACCACCGCCACGGAGGCGACCUCUCACUCUCAGCCCGCUUUCUCUCUAGGCGGCAUUCUCUUCCAACGCGCUUGGCUUCAGGGCGUUUUGGUCUCAAAACCGUCUCCCUCUAAUGAUGCCGGCCGCUUCCUCCUCGACGAUGGCACCGGCGUCAUCGAACUCAAGCUCUCUGGCGACUACCUACAAAAUGAUGCCUGGGAAUUAGGUAUGUAUGUAAUGGUUGUUGGAGGAUAUGCUGUCAGAAAAAAUGGGACCUCGUUUAUUAAGGUACACAAAAUUGUUGACCUUUCACCAGUACCCGAUCGAGAGGCAAUGUGGUAUCUAGAAGUUGUGGAGGCAUUUAGACUUUUCUAUCAGCCUCUUAUAGAAGAAUAUAAUUCAGAAUGAGCAUGCACAUCCUAAUGCUGAGGAUCUCUUGUGAAUUUUUGUUGGGGUUAGUCGGUUAGAUCCCAAUUUUAUUUAACACCUUUACUAGUGUUCAAUUAUCCAACAAUAGUUUCCCUUUUCGACUGAGAAGAUUUACAAUUUUCAAUUACUGUGUAAAGAAUAUAACUUGUUGGCUUAAGAAGCCUAACCAUUGUAAAUUUUAGGGGGAGUUUACUAUAUGUACUCUCAAAUCUUAUUGUGGUGGGCACUAGUAGACUAUUUUCUUCAUGUGGACCAUUGUAAAUGUGUCUACCUCAAAAUUUUAAGUGUGAGAGUAGAGAAUGUGAGUAUUUUGGUUUGGGUUAUUUGAACCGAACCAAGUUGAACAGUUUAGUUUUGUUUUAUUAUGAAAAAUUAAUUAGUUUUAUA